AUGAUUUGUUCAAAGCCCAGACUUGUCAUACUUUAUGGCCUCAAGACUCUGCUAUAGGGAGUUAGCAGAGCCAUUCUCAAAACCAAUCCACCAAACAUCACCCAGUUUACAGCAGCUUAUUUUAAAGAACUUAUUGUGUUCAGAGGAGGGAAUACUUCUCUGGAUAUAAAAGAUCUAGUUAAACAGUUUCAUCAGAUUAAAGUAGAGAAGUGGUCAGAAAGAAUGGUACAGAAGAAGAAACCAGAAUGUGUAAAUGAACCAGAAGGAACAUCUGCAAUUUCUCCAGCACCUACACAGGUGGAAAAAUCUACAGACACAGAGAAGGACAAUAUAGCUGGAACACUAUUUAGCAACAAAACCACCCAGUUUCCAUCAGUUCAUCCUGAGUUCUUAGAGCAUGAGAGCACAGCUGAAGCAGUUCAUGGUCUGUCUUCUAAACCAACCACCCCUAAGACUGCUAGCCCACCCUCAUCACCACCUCCAGCAGGUGUCUCUCCAGAGUUUGCCUAUGUCCCAGCUGACCCAGCCAAGUUUGCUGCUCAGAUGUUAGGUAAAGUUUCAUCUACUUAUUCUGAUCAAUCUGAUGUUUUAAUGGUGGAUGUGGCAACCAGUAUGCCUGUUAUCAAGGAAGCACUGAGCUCAGAGUCUGAUGAAGAUGUCACAGUGGCCACUUCUCCUGUGUAUUCUAGAGAAGUGGUAGCAGUGCAGGUUGUGAGCCAGAAAUCUGACCAUGUAGAUUUGGGUCCUAAAACUAAAGGCAAUAAGGCUGAACCAUCAACAGCUUCCUCAUUCCCCUUGCAGGAUGAACAAGAACCUCCUGCUUAUGAUCGAGCUCCUGAGGUCUCUUUGCAGGCUGAUACUGAGGUUACAUCAACUGUUCAUAUAUCAUCUAUCUAUGAAGAUGAGCCUGUAACUGAAGGAGUUGUUUAUGUUGAACAAAUGCCAGAACAAAUAUUUAUCCCCUUUACUGUUCAAGUUGCUUGCCUUAAAGAAAAUGAGCAGUCACCACGUAGUUCCAAACCUGUAGUACACAAGACAGUCUCAGGCAUGUCUAAAAAAUCUGUAGAGUCUGUAAAACUUAUACAUUUGGAGGAGCAUGCAGAAUAUGAUUCCUCAGUACAUGUGGAGGCAGAAGCUACAGUUCUACUCUCUGACACUUACAUGAAAGUUCUGCCUGAGGUAUCUGCACAGCCCCUGGAUGCAGAGGGCUCCAUCACAAUAGGCUCUGAAAAAUCUCUGCAUCUUGAAGUGGACAUCAUUUCAAUGGUCGCUGACAAAAGUGGGCAGGAGGAGUCAGGGGAAAACUCUGCACCCCAGGAGAUCCCCAAACCUGUGUUCCCUGGGGAAGUGGCAGAUGUACAUGUAAAAUCAUCUGGUGGCUCCAUUCCUCCUUUUCCAGAAGGUCUCAAUGCACCAGAAAUUGAACCAGAAGGGGAAGGCAGCACCUGACAAGGUUUGAUGAAGCCAGCACUAGCAGCAAGUGAAGCAGGACAACCACCACCAUAUUCUAACAUGUGGACCCUUUAUUGUCUAACUGAUAUGAAUCAACAGAGUCACC